UGGGCUUGUCAUGUGUACCGAGUAACCAACAACGGCGUAAACUUUUCAUUCGGAAGAUCGAUCGCAUUUCAUUUGACAGCCAAACACAAAUCGAUACCAUGCUUAGACGGAUACUUCAAAUGACUCCUGGGAAAGGAGGCUCUCAGAACUCUGAGUCAGACCAGCCCAGUGCAGACCUCAACAAUGACCAGACCUCUGAGGGGUUCAUCUGUCCCCAGUGCAUGAAGUCCCACAACUCAGCAGAGGAGCUAUUCAAGCACUAUGAGCUGUACCACGAUUCAGGAGACCAGCCCUCACACAUGGGCCCUGGCCGUGAAGACCUUGUGCUUCUCCGGCAAGAGUUGCAAGAACUGCAGACUUCGCUCAAGGAGGAGAAAUGGUUCUCUGCGGAGUUGAAGAAGGAACUAGACAAAGUUCAAGGACACCUGAAGCAAGGUCCACAGAAUGAUGGCCAGACAGGAUUAGAGGAUUCUGCCUUGGCGAUUAAGCUGAACGAGGCAGAGACAGAGACGUUCAACAUCAAGCAGAUGAAAGACCUGUUUGAGCAGAAGGCUGCCCAGCUGGCCACAGAUAUUGUGGAUGUCAAGUCUCGUUAUGAUGAGGAGAAGAGCCUGAGGGAGGCUGCAGACCAGAGGCUGGCGAACCUGAGCCAGGAGCUACAGAGAGAGAGGCAAGACAAGGACCGGCUCCACACUGAACUGCUGCAGCGGCCAGGAGUGGAGGACGUGGGGGUACUGCAGAAGGAGCUGAUUCAGGUGCAGACGUUGAUGGACAGGAUGACACGUGAGAGGGAGGAGGAGUCAGAACACCUCAAGAGUAAAUAUGAGCAGCUGCAGGCUGACCACACCAGCUCAGAGAAGACCAUCUCCCAGCUGAAGGCAGAGCUAGAGAAGGGACCUCAGGAGGCAGCCGUGUACACCCAGCAGAUUCACCAACUCCAGAGCUCUCUGAACAACCUGCAGCAACAGAGCCAGAUGCUUUCAGAGAAGCUGCUGCGCAGGGAGAGGGAGUUUCAGGAGCUGGAGGAAGGCCUGAGGGCCGAGCAAGUCUCCAAGAAGACAGCCCAGGCCAGCCUGCACCAGAGGGAGCUGGAGGUGCAAGAGCUCCAGGCCCGGGCAGUGGGUGCCGAGGCCAGCCUGCAGAGAGCCCAGGCAGAGCUGGGGGAGUGGGGGGAGGAAGCCGGGAGGCUCCGAAGGGAGGUGGCUGAGCUGGAGGCCAAGCACAGGGAGGUGAAGACUGAGAGGAAGCAGCUGCAGCAGCAGAGGGAGGAGAGGGAGAGCCAGGGCCUGGCGCAGCAGAGUGAGAUCUGCCAGCUGCAUGCUAAGCUACUGGAGGCGGAGCGGCAGCUGGGGGAGGUGCAGGGCCGUCUGAAGGAGCAGAGGCAGCUCUCUGGGGAGAAACUGAAGGACCGCGAGCAACAAGCCGCCGACCUGCAGAUCAAAUUGUCCCGCUCAGAGGAACAGUUGAAGGAGAACAGCAGUAAGACAUUGGACCUGCAGCACCAGCUGGAGAAAGCUAAGCAGCAACACCAGGAGCUCCAGGGCCUGCAGCAGAACACCAACACCAAGCUGCGAGAGGCACAGAAUGACCUGGAGCAGGUGCUGCGUCAGAUCGGGGACAAGGACCAGAAGAUCCAGAACCUGGAGGCCCUGCUGCAGAAGACCAAGGACAGCGUGAGUCAGCUGGAGGCCGAGAGGGAGGACCUGGUGGCCCAGAUCCAGGCUGGGGAGGGAGAGACGGCCGUGCUCAACCAGCUGCAGGAGAAGAACCACACACUACAGACGCAGGUCACACACCUGACAGACAAACUGAAGAACCAAUCGGAGAGCCACAAGCAGGCCCAGGACAACCUCCACAAGCAGGUGCAGGAGCAGAAGACCCUCCUGCGGGCGGCACAGGACCAAGCCCAGGCUGUGGAGACCUCUAUAAAGGAAGUGAACGCCCAGCUGACCGAGAGCAGGGAGAAGGUGGCCCAACUGGACACACAGUUGAAGGCUAAGAUCGAGAUGCUGCUGUCGGCCGAGGCCGCCAAGGCAACCCAGAGAGUAGACCUGGAGAACCACCUGGAGACAGCCCAGCAUGCACUGCAGGACAAGCAGCAGGAGCUGAGUAAGAGCCAGGCGUGUGUGGAGGAGCAGGGCCAGAGGCUGCAGGCGAGACAGGAGCAGUGUGGCCAGCUGGAGGCCAGUCUGAAGGAGGUCAAAGACGAACUACUGAUCUCAGAACAGCGCGUAGAGCAGCUGGAGGUGCGGGCCAAGAAAGCGGAGGCGGAGGGGGUGGAGCUGCGUGCUGCCAGGGAGCAGGCCCAGCAGGAAGUGCAGAAGCUCCAGAAGCAGGGGUCGGAGGUCAAGGGAAAGCUGAAGGAGCUGGGUUGCCUAUUGGAGACUGAGAAGGCUGGGGCUGCUGCGUUACAGGUGGAGCUGAAGAGAAAAACCUCCUCCCUGAGUGACACGCGACAGCAGCUGGAGCAAUGUGAGCAGGAGAAGACUUCCCUCCAGACCAACUUGGACAAGCUAGCCCAGGAGGGGCAGGCGCAGCAGGCAGAGCUGGACAGGAAAGCCCAGGGCUUGGCCAGAGAGCUCCAGACGGCCCAGCAGGAGAAGGAGGCCCAGGGGAAAGAGCUGGUCGCGGUCAAGGAUGGCCUGGCUAAGGCCUCCAAAGCCAUGAAGGACAGCCAGAGCCAGCUGGACAAGGAGAGGAAGAGCAGCAAGGCAGUUCUGGAGGAGAAGGAGAAGUCCCAUGAGAAGGCCAGACAGGAGCUGCUGAAGGCCACAGAGGCCACCACCAAGGAGAUGGCAGAGGUCAAAGGGCAGCUGGACAAGAUCAGAGAGGCAGAAAAAGGGCUGAAUAUGCAGCUGACUGCAUUAACAGAGCAACACACCAAGACCCAGGAGGCCCUGAAAGAGAAGGAGAAGGGAGUGCAGCAGCUACAGGCACAGCUGACGACAGCCCAGGGGUCCUUCAGCCAGGAAAAGAAGAAGCUGGAAAGCCAAGUGACCGAGCUGCAAGGAUCACAUGCCAAGAAGGCUGAGGAGGAGGGUCGUCUGAGGGAACAGGUGUCAGGCCUCGGCCAGGAUUUGAGCUCUGAGAGGACCAGGACCACUGAGCUGCAGAAGGUUCUAGAGCAGAGUCAGCAAGGCCUGGCCAAGCUACAGUCUGACUACUACGGCAAGGAGUCAGAGUUGUCAUCUCUCAGACAGGACCUCAAGGCUUCUGAGGAGAGGCUGACCCUGUCCCAGAAGGAAUUAUCUGCUAACCGGAUCCAGCUGACUGGUCUGGAGGGGCAGGUGCAGGAGGUAAAGGCUGCCAGGGCCUCCCUGGAGCAGGAGCUGGCUAAACGGGACCAGAAGCUUGGCCAGCAGGAGACAGCCCUCAAAGAAUUGCAGAAACAACAGGGUGUGACCCAGGAGGAGCUGCAGAAGGAGAGGAGCAGAGCGGAGGAGCUGAGCCAGACUAAGGCUGCACUGGAGAAGGACACAACCAGACAGGGCUCUGAGCUGAAGGCACUCGGGGAGAGGAGUGACAAGGAGUUGAGGGAGCUGCGGGAAGCCAAGCAACUGUUGAUCCAGCAGAAGCUGGAGACGCAGGGCCGGGUGGAAGAGGUGCAGGCAGCCCUGGAGCAGGAGAAGACCCUGCACCAAGCCACCAGAGACCGUGUUAACCAGAGAGAGGAGAAGCUACGGGCAGAGACCCAGGAGAUCCAUGCCCAGCUGGCGUCAGAGCGUAAUGCUCGGGAGGGGCAGGCGAAGCGGGGAGAGGAGGCGGAGGCGCGGCUGGGCCUGCAGGUGACGGCGCUCAACGAGAACGUGGCCACGCUGAAGAGGGAGUGGCAGGGGAGCCAGCGGCACUGCGGCGAGCUGGAGAAGCAGACGGAUGAACUGCGGGGCGAGAUCGCCGUGCUGGAGGCCACCGUGCAGAACAACCAGGACGAGAGGCGCGCGCUGCUGGAGAGGUGUGUGAAGGGUGAGGGGGAGAUGGAGAAACUGCAGGCCAAAGUAGUGGAGAUGAGGAGGAAACUGGAUGAUACGACAGCCGCCAUGCAAGAGCUGGGCAGAGAAAACCAGUCACUACAGAUAAAGCAGUCACAGUCUCUGACCAGGAAGUGGGCAGAGGACCAUGAGGUACAGAACUGCAUGGACUGUGGGAAGGGCUUCUCUCUCGCCAUUAGGAAGCACCACUGCAGACACUGUGGCAACAUCUUCUGUGCAGAGUGCUCCGCCAAGAACGCCCUCAUCCCCUCAUCCAAGAAGCCUGUGCGGGUUUGUGAAACAUGCUUCGAAGAUCUCCAGGCCUGACACCCCUCUCCCCCCUCCCCCCAGUAGCCCAGCAACGGCAUGUCUCAUGAUGUCCAUUUUCUAUGUGCAUUCAUCUGGACUGAGGAACCAACACCAGUCUCUCUGUGAACCCCAUUGGACCAUGUGAAGCAAACAGACCUACUGAGCUUUGGAGAGGAGUAACCUGGUGAUGGGAUGGGAGUGCAGAAGAAGUGGCCAGUCACUAUAGGGGCUGAUGGAGGUUUAGCAGAUGUCUCAACGUCACACAAGAAGAUGGGAACAUAAUGGAAGAAGCACUGCAGACAUUCCUGAGCUAUGUGAUGGAAUAGGCCGCAUCUGUAUAGUGCCUUUGCCUCUCCUGACCUGAAGUCGACAUGUCAGUCGGUCGGACAGAGUAUGGUAACAGGGAGAGCUCAACAGCACCAUCCAUUACUCCACACAUCUAUCUAGAACGGCGGCCAUCUUGGUUUGGCAUUGUUAUCAUCUUGAGCAUUAACAAGACAGUUGACUGUAAGUUGGGUCUUGAAGGGUUGUGAAGGCAGGGGUUAUACCGACUAACAGGUUAAGUUAACGAAAGGAUAUAGUUACCUUGAAAGGUGGAAAGCAGUGGUUCUGUUUGUUUUAGAAGUAUUUUGUUCACGACCAAAGAAUGUCUAACUGGAGGAGUCCAACAGUCCUGAGAGAUGGCAUGACAUGAAGCUAAAUGGAAAGCCUGGAUUUUUCAUAACUUUAUUUCUUUUCAAUUACUUUUUAAAUCUAGCUGAAAGCUUUGGAUUUUUGACUCGUAAGGUCAUACAUUUUAUCAAGAAUUCAGACAUCCUUGAUAUACAUCAGAAUUAUUUUUUUUCAAUGCUGCUCAUCUUUCUACAAAACUGAAUUACUUUUUUUGUUUUUCACUGUCCACGUGGUUGGUUGCAUGUGCUUUUUCUGUCACCUGUAUCCCAUUCAACAUCAUGACUACUGCAGGGGCUGUGUGUGCUCUGCUUUGAAGCAGAAGCAAUAACUGUCCACGUGUAUCUUGUGUGUGUGUAUAUGUGGUGCUUUAGGAAUGAAUGUGUAUCAGUAAGUGUAGGGCUGCAGUGUUGUCAGUCUGCAUGGUGACUGUUUAAACCUUCUCUUUAAGACACUUUUGUACAUGUCAAUGUUGAUUUACACUAAUUGCUAACUCUUUACGACCUGUCAAACAGAACUGAUAACACUUUUAAAAAAUCUAGUCCUCAUUCAAGUAUUUUUAAUGGGUGAUUCUCAUGAAACUAGUUUUAAACAUCUGUAGCAGAUUGAGUUGCAAAAAUCAACUAUAAUUCUGAAGACAAAGUCCAGUUUUUGGCAGUCUUAUUUUAAAUAACGUUGACAUUUUCACAUGAUAUUUAAAAAACAUUUUCACCCCAAAUUCUCAUUACCGAAAUGCAUCUGUAUUAAAUUCUGAGGUCAUUUUAUACUAGUUGAAGUGGACAUGUCUCAUUACCGUAACACUCAAGUUUCUGUAAAAACUCUAAAUGUUUUUAAAUAAACUUUUAUUCACUCA